UCUGGAUCGAAAGGACUUCUAGCUCUCGCAAAAGCCAUGCCAAUCGCAUGAUUUUCUAGAGCAAGUAUUGAAGAUAUUGUUUGGACUGUUUUUAUUAUUAUUAUUAUUAUUUUAACUCAUGGUUGGUCUUAUAUAAACCAUUGCCAGUGGCCGUGCUGCUUCUAACACCACACCUCAGGAAGGUCCAGGAAAAACGAAAAAAAAAUCACAAACACAGGAUAACCACAGACGGGAAGUUACUGUGGUAUCUGGAUAAUACUGCCCAUUAUUUCUUUAUACGUGAAUUAGCCUUUUUUUAAAACUAAAGUUUUAAAAAUCCAUUUGUUUUUGGCUUAGAAAUGUCUGAACCCAAAUCCCAUGUUACCCCUCCCCCGCCUCUCUCAGCUUUGCCCGACCCUCUACCCAUAAUUUAUCGUUCGGAAACGAGGUUGGAAUAUUCAAUAUGGUGGACAUCGGUGGUUUGUUCGAAUCGUCCCGUCUUUUAGACUGGGAAUUAGACUCCAUUAAAACAGACCAGGAUGAAACUAUUGCACGGUCGCUAAUCAGCUAUCGCCACCUGAAGACGGAAAUACAAAGCCAGUGUUUUUCGCUCAGUGCCCAGCAAGAAAGGCUAGAUGAAGAAAGCAGUUCCGAGCCUUUGACCGUCUGGGUCAUGGGGUCGUGGGGAGCUCUGGAGUCUGUUGAUGGAAAGACUGAAGACGCUGAGGAAUACGCGCGUAGAAAGCGAGAUCUGACAAAGAAGAUUGUGAUGCUGAAGAUACAAGUGCUGUGUCUGAAACAAGUGCAUGUCAGUUCUUGUAUUCGACAACUUCAGGAUCUAGCCAUAUCAGGUAGUAAGAUGCCAACCCCAAUCACCCUACAGUUCCACAAGUUUCAAGAAUGGGUGCAAGCCAAUCAACAGAUUUAUGAACUGCAAUCUAAAAUACUUGACCUGGAAGCAGCAAAAAUCAGAUUACACAAGGACUUUUGUGUGCGAGAGGACAAAGAGUCAUCCCAGUCAUCUGUGACGACCAGACAGUCCUUCACUUCACAUCUGGAGCUAAAGCUUGCAUCAAAAGAACCAGAUGUUGCAUCGGGAGAACUAAAGCUUGAACAAGUUAUUGUCUCUGAAGGUUCUGUUGAGAUUGCCAGCAUUUUGGACAGAAUAUUAGACACAAGCUAUACAAACAGCAGUUUUGAGGCUUGCAAGCUGAAAACUUACAUUCGUGAAUGCUGGGAUGUGCAAACCAUCGAUGACGAGUUUCCCACAGGAGUUCACCCAGACAGAUAUCAGGAAUUUGUUGGCGGCAUGGCUCAGUAUAUUGUGGACAAGCAGCUGACUCAUCAGCGGGAGAGCUUGUCUUAUGAUAUGGUCUAUACCAAACUAGAGCAGUAUCUGGUGCCGCCCAUUUACAGCCUUGUCCAAGAUUACAUCAGUAAGCCAGAUGAAGACAGAAGAAUAUCACAGAUCUACACAAGCCUGGCGCACAUCACUCAGACACAGUUUGGUAUCAACCCAGAGUAUCAAGACGAUGGUAUAACACCAUAUUAUGCAGCAGUGACAUGUAUGAAGAGCAGCAUGCUGUCAAUCUUACCUUCACGCAAGAUCCAUGCUAUUGUGAGUGCUGCGCAGUGCGUGUUCAAAAAACUUAAUGAGUUGUCUAUGCUAGAACACUCCAGACCAGCUGGUGCAGGUAUUUACAUUGUAAUAAGUUAACUACAACUUAAUUGAAGUAGCUUAGGUGGAGGCACAGUGGCUCAUGGUUAUUGUGCUUGACUCCGGAUCAGGCAGUCCAUGUUCAAGCCCUGGCCAGGAACACUGAGUUAUGUUUUUGGGCAAGACACUUUACUCUCACAAUGCCU